AUGAGGAGGAACCAUCACGGCCCCCUGAGGACACCUGCAGCAACCGACCUGACCCGAUGGCGUCUGACGGGGGAGGGGGACCGUCAUGUGUGGGAGUAUAUUGAGGAGGGACAGGUGCCGGACAGACCCCAGACAUUCAUAGAGAGAAACGCUGUUGGACUAGAUACGACCGAAGAUGCCCCGCCACUUCCCCGAGCAGGCACUGCCAAAGAGGCAGCUUACAACAGCAUGAGGUUCUACGCUGGUUUACAGGCAGACGACGGGCACUGGGCAGCAGACUACAGUGGGCAGGUCUUCCUUCUUCCAGCUUACGUGAUCGUCAGCUACAUCACCGACGCCCCUGCUCCCGACCCCCACAAGCUGGAGAUGACCCGCUUCAUGAGGUCCGUGCAGUGUCCCGAUGGAGGCUGGGGUCUUCACAUAGCUGGUCCGCCAACUGUACUGGGCUGUACUCUCGGCUACAUAUGUCUCAGGAUACUAGGGGUUCCUGCUACCGAUUCCGAUCUUCUUCGAGCAAUGCGGUUGAUUCAACAGCUAGGAGGGCCCGUGUCUGUCCCCACGUGGGGGAAGGUGCUGUUGUCUGUCCUCAACGUCUACAGCUGGGACGGCGUGCACUCCAUGUUCCCUGAGAUGUGGCUGCUGCCCGAGUGGCUACCCUUCCACCCCUCCAAGAUGUGGUGCCACACCCGUAUGGUAUACCUGUCCAUGGCCUUUCUCCACGGGAAGAGGUUUACAGUCAAUGAAGAUGACUUCAUUCGGUCGUUGCGGAAGGAACUGUACAGUGAGGACUACAAUCACAUCCAAUGGAAGGAUCACAGAGGGAACGUCAGUCUUGCGGAUGUAUAUGUUCCCAAAACAUGGAUUUGCAACCUAACAUAUCGUGCGCUGGAUGUGUACGAGGGAAGAUGCGUUACGUCUGUAAGGGAGGCAGCUCUUCAGACCUGCUACAACCAUAUCUGUGCCGAUGACGAAGCCACGAGUUACACUUGCCUGUCACCGGUGAGCAAGCUGCUGCAGAUGCUGGUACGCUGGGUUAUGGAAGGUGGUCAGUCUGAUGCCUUCAAGCGGCAUCGUGACAGAGUUCGUGAUUACCUAUGGUUGGGCCGAGAUGGUAUGAAGUUCCAAUGCUACAAUGGUUCACAUUUAUGGGACACUGCCCUCGCUGCCAGGGCUUAUAGUGAGGCGGGCGGCGCGAGUGCAGGUUUCACGGCCUGUGUACACAAGGCCCACGCCUACCUCCGGAACUCUCAGAUAGAGGACAACGUCCAAGACUUCAGGGACCACUACCGCCAGGAGAGUAAGGGUGGGUUUACGUUCUCCACACGAGAUCAUUCCUGGAUCGUGAGUGACACAACGGCUGAAGGACUUGUCGCCAUCCUCGUGACACAGGGAGGUUACACUGGCCUGACUCAACCCGUCCCAAGGCACAGGCUUUGUGCAGCAGUCGAUACUUUACUGGGCAUGCGCUGUGCAGAUGGCGGGUUCCCCUCCUAUGAGACAACCAGGGGGUCGCCAUGGCUGGAACUCCUCAACCCAUCAGAAAUCUUUGGCAACAUCAUGGUUGAUUACACGUGUGUGGAGUGUACCUCGUCUGUCAUGCAGGCACUCAAACUCUUCACUGAUGCGUAUCCAGGUUACAGGACUGAUGAAAUAAAAAUGACACUCCAAAACGGAUUAGACUUCAUAACCACGAAGCAGCGUUCUGAUGGCUCUUGGGAGGGGACGUGGGGCGUCUGUUUCACGUACGGGGGAUGGUUUGCUCUGGAAGCCUUUAGUUGUAUGGGACUGACGUAUGUCGGACACACUGCCCCGGGGGCAGUGAGGAGGGGGUGCGACUUCCUGGUCAGUAAACAGAUGGAGGACGGGGGCUGGGGCGAGGACUUUGAGUCAUGUGAACAGGGGCGGUAUGUUCAAAGUGAGCGCUCGUACUUCGUGAACACCUGUUGGGCCCUUCUGGCAUUAAUGGCGGUCAGGUACCCAGUUAUGGACGUGCUGGAGAGAGGAGUUCGAUCCAUUAUGUCUAGACAACUUAGCAAUGGCGACUGGCCACAGGAAGGUGUGAACGGAGCAUUCGCGAAGUCUGGCGCCGUCAACAGCGACAGCUAUCGCAACAUCUUCCCCAUCUGGACUCUGGGACGAUUCAGCAAGCUGUAUCCGGACAACCCUUUAGCUCAGUCUUCUGAAGAUGUGUGCAUUUAGCAUCGAAUAAUGUAUUUCCGCGUCUCUUUGUGCACAUUCUAAUAAAAAAAUAA